CGAUCACCAGCCACGCUGUCCGACCACUUCCAGCCUCCCACGGCCCUCCUCAUGUUGGGAAGGGUUCAGGAGCAAAAGUAUAAUUGAAUAGCAUAGUUACACACGUUCCUGACGAAACGCUUGCCGUCAUGCUUUGUCAAGUGUCUGGAGCAUACCACGCGUCGUCGUCGUGUUGAGCUCAAAGGAGACAUGAACUCGGAGAGUCCCAAGCUUCACUCAGUGAACGUCAGUCAACCGCAGCUUCUACACAGUGUCUCGAGGCAAUCUAUCGCUGCUUCGGAUGAUUUUUACUCUUUCUCGGAGUCGGGCAACGAUCUCUCAAGUCAAGACGGCGACCGAAGUACGGUAGUGUCAUGUCGUUCACCUUCACGCCUCUCCCCAGCCACCAUAUACGAGGACCCAUUGUCAGAGCCGGAAUCAUUGUCGGCAAGGGACGUGAUGAGAAUGCCGUCCAAUCUUCAAAUACCCUCUACAGUGCGCGCGGUUCCGAGCUCGCAACGAACCGCUCGCCAUUCCUCCAGUCGUUCAUCUAGGAGACCAGUCGAUGCGGACCGGAAUCAGCCAACGCCUGGAAUGGACGAUACUCCCUAUAUCAGAUUUGCCAUUGAUCAGUUAACGCGAGACGAAGAAGAGCCCGAGCCACAUAAUGGAAAUUCGCGACCAAGUGAAGACUAUCCCGUUGAUCGAUUAAUACACGAUGAAGGGCUGGGUUACCUUUCAUCUGUUCGAAAUCCCCGACGAGGACCUCAUUCUCGCCAGGAAGAAAGGGAUCCAGAAUCUUAUGGUCGUGAAGUGUUUGUUCCUAUUGAUACGCCUGCAAACUCGUUAAGAUAUCCUCAUUUAAAUUUCUUGCCUGGCAUACUCCGCCCAGUCGCUGUUGGAGCCCUUUUAUUUUGCUGUCUUCUUAUGCUUGCAGGCUUGAUAUUCUGCGGUGUCUGGUCGAAUAAGCAUCAUGGCCUCUGGGACUAUAAAGGGCUGGGAGGAGGGCGGUACUUUGUGUUUCAAUUCCUACCGCAAAUGCUUGCUGCGGUUAUUUUGCUGUGGCUCUUUGCCCUCCAGACGGCAGCUUGCCGCGUUUUGCCCUUUGUAAGCAUGGCAUCCACAGCCUUGGGGAAACGAACGGGCGCUCUGUUCACACCACUCUUCCAAACGCGGUUUCUUCUGCCGCAGUUUGCCUACUUUCGGAAUGGCCAUGUAUUUCUUGGGGCGUGCUUUUCCGUGUUCUGGCUCUCCGUGUUUACGCUGCCUCUGCAGUGUUCUCUCUUCCAGGUGCGGUACCUCUCAGACCAAGGCGUUUGGCGAUGGUCGACGGUGCAGCCGGUCGUAUGGACCUUGGUAGCCUUGUACGCGCUUCUAUCGAUUGCACUCGUGGCAAUAGCAGCGUAUUUUUUCCGAAGAUCGACUGGCCUGCGGUGGGACCCAUCCUCGCUUGCAGAUGUUCUAGUUUUGCUCCAGCAGUCCAACAUUCUGGACAAUUAUACAAAAUCGGAAAUAAUGAGUCGAAAGAAUGUAGGCAAACGAUUCAGCUAUAAUAGCAACAGGCUCGGAUAUUGGAAGACUUCUGAGAGACCUGCCGAUGUCUUUUACGCCAUUGGGGAGGAAGGACCUCACACUCGUCGCUACUCUGUUCAGCAAGGUAGGCUGGUUGAGAAGCCGACAGACGCACGCCUUCAACAGGAUUUCGAUCCCGAGAGACAGCGUCCUGUGAGAUCGUCCACCAAUGAAUCCCUGCGACGGGAUAUAUAUUCUUCCCACAUCCGGUACCGAUGGACGCCUUGGUUCCUCCGGACGGGCUGGGUAAUCUCUUGGAUUGUCAUCGGCUUUGCCUUACUCAUCGCGUUCCUCGUCGUCAGCUUCGUCAAGAACGCAAUCAAACACGGCUGGUUACCUUUACUUCCUGCGGCACCCAAUUCCGAAAUCUUUUCUUCUGCCAAUUUCCUCUAUAGCUUCCUCCCUUCCCUCCUUGGAACCAUUCUCUUCCUUGCCUGGCAGCCAAUCGACAUGUAUUUCCGCGCUCUUCAGCCGUACGCCAAUCUGGCUAACCCCAAUGGUGUAAAUGCUGAAAAGAGCCUGCUUCUCGACUAUACCAGCUGCUUUCCCAUUGAAGUAACCGUCAAAGCGGUAAUUUCAGGCCACUCGAAAGUGGCGUGGUUCUCAUUCAUGAGUAUCGUCUCUGUUACACUGCCCGUUUUGGCAGGUGGCGUGUUCUGGGCCGAAUUGUUCGUCGACGACUCCCAGGUCCGCAUGGCUGCAGAUUUGUCGGCCUUUUAUGCCAUUAUUGUUUUCCUCAUCAUCUACGUGCUUUCGCUGGCCUGUAUCUGGCCGACCAAGAAGCGUUACCUGCCACAUGGCAUCGCAACCCUUGCAGAAAUCAUCAGCUUCGUCUAUCAAAGCCCGCUACUGGGCGAUCUUGCGUUUAAAGAACCCAAGAGUAAGACAGACCUAGUCACUAGACUCUUGAGCGCCCCGCCAAGGGAAACAGCUAUUCCUUUGUACGCUUUUGGUGUCUACCUCGGCCGCGAUGGCCGAGAGCAUUUGGGUAUCGAUCGAUUGCAGCGGCCGGGUGCGCCAGAGAUGAUUAUCACGACAGGAGGAUAGUGCAGACUUCCCUCUCCCGCUUUCGCCAACUGCAUUGCAAUGCAUCGCAUGGCAUUUUUGAAUCCCAAUUUUGCUACUUAUACCUUGCUCUUUUCAUAUCUGUUCGCUUUUCUCUCACUAUAUAUCAAUAUUUUCUUGCGGCAUUUUAUUUCACGGUUACAUUUCUCGGGCCCUUCUCGCGCAUCAUCUGUAUACCACAAUCAGCGCAGCUAUAUCCUUUUUGCUUUUUCAAGAGCCGACAACGCUUGGUUUCAUCCUCACGAAGCGAUUGAUUAACGGCGUUAUGAUCUCACGAUCACGAUCACGAUCUACGACACGAUGUAAUACAGUCUCUUCUUAUUCCUCUUCUUCUCUCAUAUCCCAAUUCCCGAGGUCAUUUCUCACGGGAUAUUUGAUAAUAGUAUUUAAUUCAAUAUAGAUGAGAUACCUUUGCUUCUACCUCAG